AUGGAGUCCGCCAUCCGCUGGUCCCCGACCUCGUCGGUCACUGAACAACGCUUCCUCUCCGUCGACGUCACAGGGAAAGCGUUUCGUUUAUGCAGGGUAAAUGGCUUUGACGGCAAGACCCUGCGCCACGAAGUCUUGUCUACCCUCACAAAUGUUCCUGGCUUUCGUGCGUUCGACUGGUCUUCAUCCAAUGAGAACCUCAUCGCCGUCGGGCAGUCCUCGGGCGAGGCCACCAUCUUACGCCUUGACGGUGAUGUCAAGGACGCUCUCUCAUUCCCAGUGCGCAAUCAGCGAUAUUGCAACGCAGUUUCUUUUAGUACGCAUGGGCUCGUAGCAUCAGGCCUCGAUCGCGUCCGCAAUGACUUCUGUUUGAACAUUUGGGAUGUCAAUCAACGCCUCAGUCCUGCUGGCGGGACUAAAGGGUUCACGGAACCUUUACGAAAGCUAGCUAGCUCGGAGCCCAUCACUAGUAUAAAAUUCUUCAGGGACCAGCCUGACACCAUUGUGACCGGUGUCAAGGGUCAAUUCGUUCGAAUCUACGAUCUCAGAGAGGGGCCCGGGAGCCCAUCAUUACAAUACUCUACCCGCUGUGUCCACAACCUGGCCAUAGACUCGCUUGACGAGAACUAUAUUGCAUCUUGCGUUCCUUCCAAUGACAGCACCAUUUGCGUGUGGGAUCGUCGCGUGGGAACUCGGCUUACAUCGCCCUCUGUGGGCUCUUCUGCCGCCACUCCGGAAACAGGCCAAACAACGGCUGCGCUCCAGUUGAAGAAUGUGUUCCAUCCGAAGGCUUCUAUUUGGAGCUUGCGGUUUUCUAAGACCAACCGCGGCAACCUUGCUGCGCUAUCUAGUACCGGUCAUUUCAAGCAUUAUGAGCUUUCCAAAGACUACUUGCCGGAGGAGUAUCGCUCCUCGAUAGACGAGACCCUUGGCCAGGGCUUCUCAAGAAAUUAUCCUGAAUCCGUCUACACCAAACAUGUGCGGGACGUGUGUGUGCCAUUCGAUCACCCAACGCGAGGCUGCAAUGUCAAGGACCGAGUCGUUUCAUUCGAUGUUCUUAAUUUGAACCUAACCGCCCAACCAAGCGCUAUUGCCCUCGAUGGCCACGGAACACCCCAGAUAAUCACUCCACAAUCACCAUGUGCCCCGGUGAAUCUGUCUUCACAAAGUGUAUUGGCGUGUGGCGUCUCAUCAAGCGACUCGGAUGUGAGAUCGAUCCACCCUCUCUCUGACCAAAUAUCGCCUAUCUCGGACUUGAUUGGAAACAUCAGAUCACGCGUCUGCUUUAGCUCGCAAGAGCAUAGCGCGAACUCAAACGGACAACUUUUUGUUCCCAGAGAUCUCCGGCCAGAACCUGUAUCCAGUCAUGAAAAUAGGGAACGCACCAUGGCCCUAGGAGCGCUAGGCGUUCCACUUACUGCCAAAGAAGCACUCACUCUAGGUGCAGUCAACAAGUCACGUUGCAGGGAAGGCUAUCUCUUCGACGAGGCUCGGAACCGCAAAGUGGCAGCUGAUGACCAAGCUUUGCAAGACUUUUGGAGCUGGGUUGAACGUGCACGGACAGAUUCCUCUAGCACCUCAAUGGUAGUCAAUGGCUUGGACCUCAACUAUCUGGGCGUGACGAACCUCUGGAACAAUGAUCUAGGUGCGUAUAUCCGUGUUCGUGUAUAUUCAAAGCUAAUACCAGUAUUAGGACGUGGCUUGGAGCAACGUCUCAUCAAUGCUAAGACCGAUGAUCCGAAAACAGUCGCGGAGGCAGUCAAGACUUUAGCAGAACAACUAGACCUUCCUGAGACCAAGGGUUGUGAUACGGCUUAUCCCAGUCACCGACGCCUCUGUCUUCGUCUCUGUGGUGCAUCGCACUCCUACCGCGAGCUAGAGCAAACAGUGAAAGAGCUGUCUGGCAACAACCAGCAUACCAAAGCAGCAGCGCUGGCUGUCUUCCAAGACGAACCAAAGUUGGCUUAUGUUGGGCUCCGGAGCAACAAGCCUACACAGGCCCAUAAACUACUGGCUAUGGCAAUUGCCGGUGCCUCCAAAGGAGACAAUGAUACGGACUGGGAAGAGACGUGUGCUGAGAUUGCCAAGGAGCUUACUGAUCCUUAUGCUCGGGCAAUUCUAGCUCUUGUGAGCAAGGGUGACUGGAACGCAGUCACCAAAGAAAUAACAUUACCCCUCAAAUACCGCGUCGAAGUUGCUCUGCGCUGGCUUCCGGACGAGGAACUAGGCGUUUACCUCAAGAGCGCUACUGCGGAAGCGAUUCGACAGGGUGACAUCGAAGGAGUGGUGCUCACAGGCCUGGGACACUUGGCCAUGGGUCUGUUCCAGUCGUACAUUGAAAAGUUUAAUGACGUCCAAACGCCUGUUCUAGCGAUGAGUCACACCGUGCCCAGGCUCAUCAGCAACCAAAAACACAUCAUCCAAUUCGAAGCCUGGCGUGAGACCUACCGGCGUCAAAUGAACUCAUGGAAGCUCCAGCUUGAGCGGGCCCGAUUUGACGUCGGCUCCCGGCGGUUCGCAGUGACGGCAGAUGGUCGUAAACUUGCCCCCACGCCACCACAGCAGGUCAGCCUUACUUGCAACUACUGUACUAAUCCACUCACGCAGCAUGAUGCUUCGUCCCAGUUGUCUCCAUCGGCCAAGGGCACAGAAACUGUGCACCCCACUGCGGGCAAUCCGCUGGCCUCGGCGACGAUGGCCGGAACUGUAUGCCCGCGCUGCGGCCGACACAUGCCACGUUGCGGAGUCUGUACGUUGUGGCUGGGGGCGCCCGACCCAAUGUCGCGCGCAAGCAUUGCCGCGGAUGCAGAGGCCUCUCGCAAGCCUUCCGAGGCGGAUGUUAUGCGACGGUUUGUGGUCUUCUGUAUACAUUGCAAUCAUGGAUAUCAUGCGAACCAUGCGAGUGAAUGGUUCAAGCGACACAAGGUCUGCCCUGUUGCGGAGUGCAAUUGCAUCUGUGAUCGGUGA